UUUCCUUCCAGCGUACAUCUUGUCCAUUUAAAAGCAGUAAUUUCCGAGGAUAGUGUGAACGCAGCACUUCUUUCACCGGGUGUACUGUCGUUCGAAAGUCGUCAUUCAUCCAAUUCCAGGCGGAAACAACCCAAACCAAGGAGCAUCAAUGGACGUUUCUCAUGAAAUCAAUCUGCUGGUGGAGGAGAUUCAGCGGCUUGGCAGUAAAAAUGCCAGUGGGCAGACCAGUGUGAAGUUCGGGGUGUUAUUCAAUGACGACCGCUGUGCCAACAUCUUCGAGGCCCUGGUGGGAACCCUGAAGGCCGCCAAGAAGAGGAAAGUGAUAGCUUUCCAGAGCGAGCUGCUUCUGCAGGGCGUCCACGACGACGUGGACAUCGUCCUGCUCCAGGAAUGAGAGCUGGGAUGGGAUUCCUUCAGGAGCAGCGGGUCAGACACAGUUCGUCUUAGAUCUGGAGCUCCUGCAGUUCACCAGCUGCUCUCUCAGUUCAUGGGAUUCUUUCUGAAUUUGCAAAACAAAGUGGGAUGAUUUGGUUUUUGUGUAUGAAUAUUUAUAGAUUUUGUGAGCUCAAGUGUUUUGAUCUUUUCUGGAAGGGCUAACCGUUUCUGAACCUGAAAAACCAAACCCUCCUGAAGACUUUUCUAUAUUAUUCAGUCAGAAAAAUAUGUAAAUUGAUGAAUUUAAUCUAAUUCUUUGCAGAAUUUACCAUAAACUAAGUGCUACCUCACACUUGAACAAGUUUUUAUUUUUUUGCUGUUCAGUGUGCUCCUCUCUACGAUUCAAACCUUUAAAAAAAGCCAUUUUGGUGACCUACCUGCAGCCUCCUCCUGACUCCACCUGAAUGCUACUCCAAAGUUUUUAAGUUGAGUUAUCAAACAUAAAUACAUUUACUUAAUGGCAAAUCCUAGACACAAGUUCUUCUGGUUAAAAUGGAACCACUACUACCAAUCAUAAACUUAGUUAAAGUUAGCUUUGGCUAGUUUUAAUGCUAAGCUAGCAUUAUGCUAAUUUUAGCAUGCUAAUGUUGCUGCUUGAAGGUCUACAGAGACUUAACAAAGUUGUAAAUCUGAAAGAAAAAAAAAAUGCAACUUUCAAAAAAGUAGUACAACACAUUUUCCCAUAGCUUUUCCAAGUUAUCAAUUUUUUUUAAUUGGAUUUUUUUUUUUUUUAGACUUUUAUCCUCUUGUGUUUAGCAUUUUUUCAUGUAGUUAAAAUCAUAGCCGCUAGAAAACAACUUGAAUAUUGCCUUAAAUGUUAAAUAGAAGUUUCUAGAAUUUGUAGAAAAAGUGAAGAUAAUUCAGCUAAAUGGUUCAUCGCAGCGUCAAAAGCAAAACAUCAUUUGAUCAUUUUAGAUUAGCACUACGCUAAAUGUGUGAUAAUGAAGUAAACAAAUGAACAUAGUAUUUAUUGUUUACUUUGGUACAUAAAAAGUUGGGUUUGUAGUUCGGUGACGAGCGUACACAGAAUCCUGAUGCCUUCAUGUAUUCAUUCUUGUGCCUUGUUGCUUGCAUGGCUUUUUAAGGACAGCACCAAUUGGUAGACGGCAGUAUUAGUUCUUUUACUUUUGGAUUGAACCAAUAAAACAAAGUAACAUCCAAACCGAACUAAUAGCUUGCUAGCUUAAGUCAAAACCAUUAGCAUGCAGUGUUAAACUCCAGUGAACGAUCAAGACGAAAUGAUUUAUUUUCAUUCCACUCUAAUGUUUUCUCAGAUUAAGUCAUUGACAUUAUCAAUUUCCUUUUUUUUUACAUAACAAUGUUGUUGUCAUAGACCACAACAAAUAUGAUCAGGACCUGUAACCUUGCGUACAACGUUCCACAUUUCAACGACCCUUUCUCUUCAGUGUUAGUUGGUUUGGUAUAUUUUUUUCAGUCAUUAUAUUUCUAUAAAAGAAAAUACUUGUAAAAACUAAAUAAAAUUAUACAUUUUUUUUUUAAAGAAUGAAAAUUACAUCAAGAUCCUCUCAAAUUGGUGUCGUGGGUCGAUGUAGCAUGCUAACAUAUAGGUUACAGUUUGAUGAAAGUUAACCUUUUGAAUGUUUUGGGGUCGGAUUUUAUCAAGUAUAACUUUGGUAAACUGGUUUAAUAUAAAAAUAAAUACAUUAGUUGAAAACAGGGAAUUUGAGGUGUUUUUAUUAUUAUAAACAAUUGGAUGUAUCCUUAAACUAUCUUUUUAUUAACCCUCGUGCUAUCCUAGGUAUGGUGACGUUGGGGUCAUCUGGACCCACAAGACAGCUCACUUUUUUUCAUUGAAUUUUGAUUUUGACUGGUGUCUCUGGCGGAGAUCAAAUCCUGUCCACCUUCAUCCAUAUUUGUCAUGGAUAACAAAUAGAUGUAAGGCCAGGGUCAUCUGGACCCUACAUGAUUGCACAAGGGUUAAGGUGUGAAAACCAAUUUGCCUGUUUAGUUUUUUUGGACCAAGCUGUUGUGCGUGAAGUUUUGGUGUCUCAGGAAUUUCUCAGGCACACAUACAAACACUGGUGUAAACCUAGGGUCUCUUUUGGGGUAAGAAAAAACAAAAGAAGAUUUCAGAUAAAUAAAUUCUAGUUUCUACAUCGAAUUGGUUUAUUUUCAUUGUUUCUAUUCUUGAAUUGUUUUUGCAUUUUUUUUCUGGUGGUGGAAGUGAGAGAGUUGAGGAAUACCCUUUCAAUCAAACCAAUAUGACAGGUGACCUUUGACCCUACAGCUGUGACUGUUGGGUCAAAGGGUCAUAUUAGUUUGAUGGAAAGGAUAUUCAUUACCUCUCUGGAGAGGAGAACUUUUGACUUGGGAUUAUUUGUGUGUUUUAAUGUCAUUUAAAUGCUUUUUUGUAUCAAAGAAAAACAACUUACAAUGAGGUCUACCAAAGGUUUCCUAAGUUCUUUCUCAUCUCACCAUUCUGAUGGAGAAGUGCAGCUGUGGGUCACCAUCAGUACCACCCAACGAUUGUCCCAUUUGUUGUUUUUAAUGAACCGUUCUACUGUCACUCGUGGACUUAAACAGAAAUAUAUUUGUGCUCUUUGAAAGCCAAACUGCUCCUUCAUUGACUGUAAAGGGGGAGUGCCUUUCCUUAAGCACUUGGAGCUGUUUUUUUUUUUUUUUUACAUGUCACAACUUGCAGAAACCCUUUUUACUCAAGCUUUAUACGUGAUUCUAAAAAUCUCUUCAAAUUUCCUUCCUGGUUUAAACUCUUUCAGAACAAGCAGAGAAUGUAUUUUUUUGUGCACUUUUUAUCUGUGUGUGAUUACAGAAAAACUGGUGCAGAAUUUGUGAUGAUUCUCAGGACAAAAUUUGCACAACCAAAAAUAUCUUUGAUCUGGUAAAUGUGUUUACAGGGAUGUAUGGUAAAUAAAAAAUCAAAGAGAAUGUGUGACCAAUUUGUGUAAUUCUUCUCCAAAAAAGGUUUUUUGUUAGGAAAUGAAUCCUGUUCAUUUUCUGUGCUUUGUGUUAUUUUCUUAUUCAAAAGUCUAAUAAAAUAUGAUUGGACAAUUAUUAAUACUUUGAAAA